AUGGCCCUUUACGUGGAUGAAGCAGAAGUAUGGAAGUGUCCCAAACAUCCGUCGAGGAGAAGAAAGAGUGGAAUAUGUCCAAAAUGUCUCCGGGAACGUCUCGUUACACUUUGCCCUGAAUGCGCCACCGCUCUCCCCUGUUCCUCUUGUCCACCUCCGGUCGAUUCCUCCUCCUCUUCUUCCUCAUCUUCCAAUUCGUUUUCCCUGUUCGCCUUCUCCCGAGGCGGAAGUCGUCGCGAUUACGCUCCACCGUGUACUGCCAACGCCGACGCAGUCCGCUUGUCAAAUAACCUCGAAACCGAACCGUCGUUGCGGAAAUCGCGAUCUGUAGCUGUUCCUUUCCUCCGUUCGAGAUCUAGGUUCGUUGGGGGUCCAGUCGCCGGAUGCGAAUCACGCGAUGCUGAGAUAGCUCCGGAAAACAAUAAAGCUCUGCCUAAAGUUAGCCGGAGUAAGAUUAAUUUCUGGUCUGUGUUUACGACUAAUAAGAGUAAAAAAUGCGACGUACACGGCGAAGGAAUGGAGGAUGAAUCGAAUAAGUUCCAUGAUUCACCGGCGGUGGAUGAUUUCUCGAUGAUGAAGCGAUCUAGAUCAGUAGCUGUCGGAGCCAGUAGCGCCUUUGGUCCGUCGCCGUCGAAACGAAAAGGAUGGUACUUUCCAAGUCCAGUUAAAGGCAUCCUUAAUUCAAAACCUCCCAAAUCUGUCGCUGUUGCAUAA